AUGCUGGGCAUCACCACUGUAUCUUAUAGAUUUAACAUCAUGGGAGAGUACACUGAUAUUCUGCAGGCCAAAAGGGGAAUUCGUCAGGGUGAUCCUCUAUCACCUAUGCUAUUUGUUCUCAUAAUGGAGUAUAUGAACAUAUUGUUGAUGAAAAUGCAAAGAGACCCUAAUUUUAACUACCAUGGCAAAUGCGAAAAGUUGAAAAUCAUCAACCUUACCUUUGCAGAUGAUGUUCUAUUAUUCUGCAGAGGUGAUGAGAUCUCUUUACAUAUGAUUCUUCAAACUUUCAGGGCCUUCUCCAUUUCCACGGGGUUAAUUAUGAAUCCUAACAAAUGCAGGAUUUAUUUUGGAGGUCUAGACAAAGAGAAGAGAAAGGUUCUGAAAGAGAUGUCUGGUUUCCAAGAAGGUACGCUUCCUUUCUGA